CUUAUCCUUGUCUCAUUCUGGACCUCAAUUCGUUCUCUUGUCUGCUACAGAACACGGCCAGCAAAUGUCCGCUCGAAAGGAUACGGUUUAUGACCGUAACCCCGUUUCGACACAGACAGAGAGUAAACCGGGUGCUGACUACAAGCUUGAAACUACUUUAACUUCAGGUAAUGGGAUAAACAAUGUGGAUGCUGAAAUGGUCCCGAAGCAGGCAAAAAGGAAUAAUGAGGUUAUGGGCCCUACAGGUGCCACUUCUGGGCACUUAACAAGUGUAAUAAGUGCUACCACUCAUACUGUACUGCCUCAAUGGACAAAUAUAAUUUUGAUGUUCUCCUUGAUCUUUGGUGGCUGUUGCGCCAAUGUUUUUGCACUUGAAGCAAUCAUCAAAGACCAGCCAAGCUCUGGUCCUCUGAUAACGUUUGCUCAAUUCCUUCUAACUGCAGUCCUAACGGUUCCUGGCUUUCUCUCUGUGUCAGCGGGACCUCAUUCACUAUAUCUUAGUCCGCGUGCCAUUCCACUAAGAUCAUGGCUAGUCUACACAGCGUUUUUCGUUACAGUCAAUCUUCUCAACAACUGGGCCUUUGCCUAUAGGAUCUCAGUUCCGUUGCACAUCAUUCUAAGAUCUGGGGGCCCAGUAGCGUCUAUGAUCAUCGGCUACUUGUUCAAUGCUAAGAGAUAUUCGCGAGGGCAAAUACUCGCGGUUCUAAUGCUUACUUUGGGUGUUGUCACUGCUGCUUUAGCAGAUGCCAAGGCUAAAGGCCAGUCUAUGAAUGUUGAAAGCACUUCUGCAACCACGACAUUGGUUGGGUUCACCAUCCUUGCUCUAGCGAUGAUACUCUCGGCUUUCCAGGGGAUAUAUGCGGACAGGCUCUACGCAAAGUACGGCCGAGACCACUGGAAAGAAGCUCUGUUCUACUCUCACACCCUAUCACUACCGCUAUUUUUACCCGCUUAUGCACAACUUGUGAGCCAGUGGCGGAUGCUUUUCUCGACAUAUCCCCCAACUUCUGGGCCUGAGAUUUUGGGCAUGACCGGAAUGGGUCCUCCGAGCCAUGCAUCAUCGGCCGGUCUUGAAGGCAUCAGUUCCUCGGAAGAGUCGUGCGAGGGAUGGCGUUUUGCGUCAAUACCCGGUGGUAUAUCAGGGCAGAUUCCGAUUCUGAAAGAUAUUUUCCAAUUGCACUCAAUAUUCACGUGUGUCCCGACACGUGUAAUCUACCUUCUGAUUAAUGCGCUGACGCAGUACUUGUGCAUACGAGGAGUCCAUCGCCUCUCCGCAAAGUCAUCUUCUUUAACUGUCACCGUUGUUCUCAAUGUUCGGAAGCUUGUUUCUCUUCUCCUUUCCAUCUAUCUGUUUGGAAAUGCCCUUUCACCAGGUGUGCUCAUGGGCGCAUUGUUUGUUUUUAUAGGCGGCGCCUUAUAUGGCAUUGAGGGUGCACGCCCCAAGGUGAAAACUGCUAAAAACGAUUAAAGCAGUCAUGUUUCGCUAGGAUUAUCUUUCACGGCAUUAAUACGGCCAGGAAGGUUUUCCAGUCAUAAAGAUAGAAAUGUGCAUAUAUAUAUAUAUACAUCUGAGUAUAUUGUGUAUGAUGGUGCAUGUGCCUCAAGAAUUGGCUUGAGCUUUAUAAACAUAUGUAUACAUUGGAAUGCAUAUUACCGCG